UGUAAGGAGCUAGCGUUGAAAUUCCAACGAGGCGAUAUAUUGCAUGUGAUAAGCACUUCCGACGAGAACUGGUGGCAAGCCUAUCGUGAAGGAGACGACCCAUCCUCAUCGCUAGCAGGCCUAAUACCAUCAACUCAUUUUCAGCAGCAGUCAGUUUUCCAAUUUUCAGAGAUGCUCACGUAUGAAGAAGUAUCACUGUAUAUGUCGAAAGGGACCCGAAAAAGACCAAUAGUUUUGUGUGGACCCGAAGGAGUGGGUUGUCUCGAGCUCAGGCAACGUCUCGUAGAGAGUGAUAAGAGUAAAUUCGCAAGUGCUGUUCCUCACACAACGCGACCAAAGAAAUCUGGUGAAUUGGACGAUGUGCAUUUUCAUUUUGUGACACGGCAAAAGUUUCAAGAAGACGCGAAAAUGGGUAAAUUCAUUGAAUAUGGUGAAUAUCAGAAGCAUUUAUAUGGUACUUCAAUUGCUGCAAUUCAAAGCGUCGUGAAUCGUGGGAAAAUUUGUUUACUAACACUUAAGGCCGAGGUAAUUUUUUUGCGAACAUCGUUAAUGCCUUAUGUGGUGUUCAUAGCGCCACCGUCACUUCAGCAGUUGAAGCGACAGAAGGAAUCAUUAGGCCAGUUCAAUGUCAAAGAAGAACAGCUGAAGUUAACAUUGAAUGAGGGAAAACUCACUGAACAGGUAGAUAGAUACUUUUUGCUUGAAAUGCCUCAAUUUGGCAGCAUUCGAUUUCAAGAAUAUGGCCACUUAUUUGACCAUAUCAUUGUGAAUAUUGACUUGGAUCGAUCGCUGAACGAAAUGAAAGAUAUUGUUCGAAAGUUGGAAACUGAACCACAAUGGGUGCCAUCGUUUUGGCUGAAUAGACCCGAAGCGAAUUAUUAUCGCUGA